CCUUAAAUUUGUUCCCAACAACUGGAGUUCAAUUCCUUUCUCUUCCUUUCUCUCUCGUGUUUCAGUUUUGUUUUCCUUUCUUUCAAUUUCUCUCCCUAGAAAGUGAGAGAAAAUUCAAGCCAAAAACAGCAUUGUCAUGGAGGAAAAUCACGCCCCAGCUUUGGAAUCAAUCCCAAACGGAGACCACGAGGCUGCAACCACCACCAACGAUUUUAAUACCCAUAUCCAUACCAACAACGACCAUGGCUGGCAGAAGGUCACUGCAAAGCGCCAAAGGAAGACCAAACCCUCCAAGGCAGAUUCAAUCAACAAUCUCAAUAAGCUCGUCCCCGGCGUCACGAUCGCUGGCGGAGAAGGCGUUUUCCGUUCCCUGGAGAAGCAAUCGGAGGAUCGACGCCGCCGGAUUCUCGAAGCCCAGAGGGCGGCCAAUGCCGACGCCGACAGUCUUGCUCCGGUGAGAUCGAAGCUCCGGUCCGACGAUGAGGAUGGGGAGGACAGCGAUGAUGAAUCUGUGGCGCAGAACGUGAAGGCCGAGGAGGCGAAAAAAUCGAAGCCUAAGAAGCCAAAGAAGCCUAAGGUCACGGUCGCUGAGGCGGCAGCUAAGAUCGACGAUGCAAACGAUCUCUCGGCCUUCCUCAUUGACAUUUCGGCUUCGUACGAGUCGAAGGAGGACAUACAGCUAAUGCGGUUUGCGGAUUAUUUUGGCCGUGCAUUCUCUGCAGUGACUGCUGCGCAGUUUCCAUGGGUGAAGAUGUUCAGGGAAUCAACGGUGGCCAAGCUUGCCGAUAUCCCCCUUUCCCAUAUUUCUGAAGCCGUUUACAAGACAUCAGUCGACUGGAUCAGCCAACGUUCCCUUGAGGCCCUUGGAUCCUUUAUAUUGUGGUCUUUAGACAGCAUUCUUGCAGACCUUGCAAGUCAGGUAGCUGGUGCCAAGGGCUCCAAGAAGAGUGUGCAGAAUGUUUCAUCAAAAUCUCAGGUUGCGAUAUUUGUGGUUGUUGCGAUGGUAUUGCGAAAAAAACCUGAUGUAUUGAUUAGUAUAUUGCCAACAUUGAGAGAAAAUUCAAAGUAUCAAGGACAAGAUAAGCUUCCAGUAAUCGUAUGGGCAAUAUCUCAGGCUAGUCAAGGAGACCUGGCUGUUGGGUUGCAUUCAUGGGCACACAUUGUUUUGCCUCUAGUAAGUGGAAAGGGUAGUAAUCCACAGUCCCGGGAUCUUAUUUUGCAGCUAGCGGAAAGAAUUUUGUCUACACCAAAAGCUCGUACUAUUUUAGUAAAUGGUGCUGUCAGGAAGGGAGAGCGUUUGGUGCCACCUUCUGCAUUUGAGAUACUUAUUGGAGUUACCUUUCCUGCACCUUCAGCUAGAGUUAAGGCAACCGAAAGGUUUGAGGCUAUAUAUCCGACCCUAAAAGCAGUGGCUUUAGCUGGCUCUCCUAGAAGCAAAGCGAUGAAACAAGUUUCACUGCAAAUAUUGAGUUUUGCUGUUAAAGCAGCAGGAGAAAGUAUACCUGCAUUGUCCAACGAAGCAACUGGAAUUUUUAUUUGGUGUUUGACCCAACAUGCUGAUUGCUUCAAGCAGUGGGACAAGGUUUACCAGGAAAACUUAGAAGCGAGUGUUGCUGUUCUGAAGAAGCUUUCUGAUCAAUGGAAAGAGCAUUCUGCAAAACUCGCUCCUUUUGAUCCUAUGAGGGAAACUCUCAAAAGUUUUAGGCACAAGAAUGAGAAGAUGUUGGCCAGUGGGGAGGAUGAGGCCCACCAGGAAAAACUCAUCAAGGAUGCAGACAAGUAUUGUAAGACAUUACUGGGGAAGUCGUCACGGGGCAGCGGGUGCAAGAAAAGUGUUGCCCUUGCUGUCGUUGCCUUGGCUGUUGGUGCCGCUGUCAUGUCACCAAACAUGGAGUCUUGGGAUUGGGAUUUGGAGAAACUAAGAGUGACUAUCAGCUCUUUUUUUGACUGAAGGCCUUGGUUAGCAGGAUGAGUGAAGCAGUUUAGAAGCUGAUGGUGCAAAGCAUCAAUUUGUUAUGAGGAAAGUAAUUUAAUUUACUCCAUAAUAAGGUGGCAACAGAUGGGAAAUUCUAUUUAUACUUUUUGUCUCAAAGGGAUACGAAACUAGUAGUAGUUGGAGGUCAAUACUGCUUGAAGGUUUAAUUUGGUUGGUUUAAGCUGUUUCGGGCUUUUGGUUUUUGGUGUAACUUUUCAUGUCUGUUUAGAUCUUUUUUUUAAAAAAAAGUUUUUCACCUCUAACAUCUACAAUACCAGCAAUAUGUUAAUGAGAGCUGAGAUGGAUGCAUUUGUAUUCUCGGAUUAGUGUUUCAAUUCAAAAGGAAUUUUGAAGAUAAAAGUUUGAUUAUUUAUUAUAUUCA